GCGACUACCGGCCAUCGGGGAUGCAAGCGGGCGGGCGGGCGGUGCUGGGCGGCCGUGGGUUGCCCAUGCCCCCCCCUCCGCAGGGCCCCGUUGCAGCCCCGUCCGGGCGCUCGGGGGAGGUCUGCCAGUGGCCAGGCGAGGCGGCCGAGAGCCGCACUGGCCGCGCGCGGCGGAGCUCAGGCCCCACGGCCCGCCCGGUUGCGUCUCUCUCCCGCGCGCGCACCGGCAGCCGCUCCCUGCCUCCCUCCGUCCCUGCAGCCGGCGGCGACUUCGGCCCUGCCCGAGCCAGGCGCCUGGCGCGGCGGCGGGUGGAGGUGAUGCUGCCGCCCGUGCUCCUGCUCCUCUUCCCGGCGCUGCUCCGACCAGGCGCGGCGGAGCCCGAGGCCCAGCUCAUCAGCAGCCGGCCCGAGACCUUCACGUGCGUGGCCGCCGCGCCCACCCUGGCCUGGUACCUGGACGGCGAGGAGGGCAGCGGCUCCGGCGGCGGGGCCUGGGGGGUGGCGGAGCGCCGCCUCAACUGCUCGGCCGUCGACCCGGCCACCGGCCACGAGUCCAGCGCCACGGUCGUCCUCCACCUGCACGUGGCCCCCGAGGUGGCGCAGCAGGCGGCGGCCGGCUCGGAAGACGGGCGGGAGGGCGGCCUGCUGAUGCUGCUGGUGGUGCUGCUGGUGCAGGCGCGGCCCCCGGCCCACCUCACCUGGCUGGCCCCGGACGGCCGCCUGGCCGUCAACGCCUCCCGCUUCGUGCUGGUGGACGCCCGGACCUUCCCCGGCCUGCGCCGCCACGCCGUCCAGCUGCAGCUCCGCGCCUGGGCCCGCAACUUCUCCCGGGAAGGCGCCGCCGUCGUCAACGCCUCCGUGCUGCCGCCGGGCUUCCUGGACACCCACAUUGAGCUGCCCCUCCUGGCCCUGGUCGUGGGUGCUGCUGGGGCCCUGGCAGUCCUUGGGGUCCUGGGCACACUCCUCAGCUACUUGGUAUACCAGAAAGGAAAGAAGGCGGCAGGACUCACCCAGCCAGCGCCGUCACCUGCCAGAGACUCAAACCACCUGAUGCCUCAAGGACCUCGGCUGCCACGGGCAAAUAUGUCCGUGCCCAUCAACCUCCAGCUCAACGACCUCACGCCGGAGCCUAAAGCCAGUGGUGCGGAGGACAAGGAAGGGGCCCUCUCUGAACCAGAGGACAGCCUGGCCUUGGAGGACAGAGGAAGAAGAGGGAAGCAUGUACCAUUUUGACCCCCAAGGGUUUCAGCCGCUUCCCCAUGGUCGGGUACAUCUACAGAGCCUCGAGCGUCAGCAGCGAAGAGAUCUGGCUGUGAGGGAAGCACCAGCACAGAGCAAGCACAGAAGGACCCCUGUUGACACUCUGAGGACGCCUCCCCCUCUGCGCCUGGCACCCGAGAGGGAAAUCAGAAAGGCCCAUUCCAAGCCUGGUCCCCCCAAGUUGUCCCAUCAAAGCAAUAAGCCCCACCCCCUCCCUUCUUUGUGGGGCCAAGGAGCCAGCGGCACCUCUAGACCGUUGCCCUAUAGGCACGGUGGUCAGUCUUCCCUUCAGCACGGCAGCCGUGUUUCUUCUAUGCAUGGAUCACGCUUUCUCGCACCACUGCUUGGCCUCGACUCAACCUGCAUGUGUUUGGGGCGGGGAAAGUGGCAGCCAGUCCCACCAAGAACAGGACAGCGGGGGGAGCAGCCACAGAUGCCGGCCUGCAAGGGGGCAAAGUCGACGACCGUCCGUACUUAGGUGUUCUCUGUUGUGACCCCCACCUAAUGGAACAGGCUGCUCGAUGAGGUCCGGAAGGCUCCUGCUGUCCUGGCUUUCCGUAGACUGUGCAAAGUUGAACUUUCCAAGAGGGCCUUGGUGCACAGGCAGUGGGGCUGCAGUGGCUGGCAAAGUUGCUUGGAUAAAUGAUCAAAGACUGUGGUCAAUACUGCUGCAUACAGGUUACUGUAAGCAACGUUUCCAUCAUCACAUAGUUUCUCACAUUAAUACUUCUGCUGAGCUUCAUUUCUGGCUAGCUCCAGACAUCUGCAACCCUAGCGUGUGGUUUCUUGAGUGUCCCGUCCUGUUGAAUGCACUCAGUUUGCCUUGAGCCCCUGAAAGGUGGACUAUAAAUAAUCUAAAUAAAUAAAACAAAGGCAUGAACUAUG